AUGGCGGCACCCAAAGAUGUUAAUUCAAUAGAUGAUUUCGUUAACUGCGAUGUUUGCUGGUGCGAAUACGAUGCCAACUGUAGGAAACCGAAAUUCCUUCCAUGUUCACACACUGUCUGCAUAUUGUGUCUAAGGGAAAUCUAUAGAAAAGGUUCCUUUGCUUGCCCAACCUGUUGUCAAACCUUUGGGCAAGAACCUGAUAGUUUAUCAACCAAUGAAUAUGCCCUUCAAUUGCUCAUGUUUAAAAAACGUAAAAAUCAGAGGGUAAUGGAUAGCAGUUUGAGCGAUAAUGGCAGGGAGCUAAGAUGGUGUACCGAGUGUGAAUCCCUUGCCACCUCCAGCUGCACAUCAUCUCAACAUUCUACCUUCAACAUGACAACUACAACUGUCAGGCAUUUAGAUGACUUUUUCAGCCUCAAGAAAGAUUUCCAGCGAGUGAAAGACGAGCAGUUAAACAAGCUAUCUAUUGCUGUUGAAAUGAGAACAAACAUGGACAAAGAUCUUUCUCUAUUUAAGGAAUUGGCAACGACAGUGAAAAGAGAAAUUGAAAAUUUAAGAGAUGAAAACAUCAUUCAUAUUAAGGAAUUGAAGAAUUUAAAUGAUUCUCUAGACAAAGGGGAUUUCCUGCCUGAGCUGGCGAAUUUUGUCAAGGGCUCGACAUCUGGCGACACAAUCGACACUCUCAUUCUGAAUUUGAAUAAAUGUCGUGAGUUGUGCGAGAACAAACUUCAAGAAACAUUCAAAUCUGUUUCAGAGCUCAAAUUCUGUAGUGAAACCAAAAUCGCCAUCCAUUUGAAGUCUGACGAAAGGACGUCAUCGUUCGUCGAAGGCGACAAACCGAAACCAGCAAGAUUUUAA